GCUGAGUGUUUACUGUCCGUAUUUAUUAUUGCUACACUCGUGUUGUAGCGUAAGUUGUUAGUCGAAUUUGUCCGAAUUGCGAGCCCGGUGUACUAGAGUCCGCCUAGCGGCACGAAAUUUCAUAAAGCCUCCAUGUCAUGUACGUUGCGAUAGUUGAUUCGCGACUAACCUCUCAUACGGUAUAGACCGUUCGUAAAAAUGGAUAAAAGAUUGGACGCAUCAAGGUCGGGGUAUCGCGAGGAUAUUUCUAGCCACUCCAAAAAGACUAAGAAACGAUCUAGUAGAAGGAGCAGCGCGUUUGGCCCUUGGACAAACAACACACAAAAUAGUCAAAACAAUGAUAUACCAUCCGGUGUGGAGUAUCAACACGUAUUGUGGCAAUCAAACGUGCAACAAAAUUUUCCAAAUAACGGGCAAAGACUGUUUGCAACAACAUCAGAUCCAAGUAUGUGCGGUUAUGGCCAAGUUCCAAUGACAUACACCAUGGAACCUGUCUCCCUGCCAGCAAUGUAUAGGUUAUACCAGCCAGUCCCACUGUCUGGUGUCAGGACUGAUCAUGGCAGACCAAGGCGGUAUUACAAUCAGAACCACCCAAUGAAUUUAGGCAUGAAUUCCGUGGCAAACGGUUAUUCGAGUCUGCAAGAGAAUGGUUUAGAAUCUCCUAUACCUGUCAACUAUCAAAAUGGAGACUAUGCUAGUCUGCCACCAACUGCUAACAAAAAUAAUGGAAUCAACGGAGAUGAACUAGCUUCCGAGCACAGAAGGUAUUCUGAUCCUGGCCUUGGGUCUGCGGAGGCUCCAGUUCAUACCCAGAGCGAAGAUUCCGACAGUCUUGAAAGUGGAAGUUCUAUUACAACCAUUGGACGUAGCAAUAAACUUGUUCUGUCUCUUAUCGAACAGAUGACAGAAUUGAAAAGAAGCAGUAGCCAACUGUUUAAAGAAUUAAAUGAAACAAAGUCUGAAUUAGGUAGCAUGAAGGCAAAAUUGGCACAGUGUAAAUACAGUACCUCUUCUGAUUAUCAACCGGGAAUGUUAUCUGAUCUUAUUCGGGAAAUUAGGCAAGCUAACAAAGCAUGCGAAGAAGGAUUGGUCGCAAAUGUAAAAUCUAUCGUGGAAGAGAAGCUAAACCAGAGGUCGUUAGAAGUGGUUAACUUAAACAGUCAGAUUCUGAAGUUGACGGAGGCGAAAGAGGAAAGCGAGAGGCGUAUCGUAAAAUUAGAGGAGGAGGUGGCUACGCUAAAGCUGAACGCAAACAACGAAGGUCGCGAGAUCGCAGCCUUCGAGGAAGAGACACUGGCCCUGCGACGAGAGCUCCAGGAGGCGCGGGCGUCGAAGACCCUGGCCGAGAAUCACGUGGCAAAGUGCGUAAACGCAAGAUCAGUCACGCCUGUAUCUUUCGAAACGCCCUACGUAACCAGCACCCCCGUGCGUACCGCUCUAUCCGACACCUGUAGCCUGGUCCCAGCCCUGGUCGUAGCCUCUUCUACAACCACUACCACUACCACUACCACUACCACCACUACCACUACCACUACCAACACCACCACCUCCGCCCCCACAAACUUUACCUCGUUUCUGCAUUCCCGAACCGCGGAGCUGGCACACCAUUUCAUACCCGAGAAGCCGAGUCUUUACCGAAUCGCUGAUUGUAGUCUUGCGUCCGUCGACGCGUGGACCGUGGACGAUAACCGUGGUCCGGUCUCCAGCACGCAGUCACCGAACGAUUUGGAUCGCGAGGACGGGACCCUGGAAGAGAUAUAUAGCCCGACAUCCGCGGAGAACAAGGCGGAGAACUCCGGGCAGGAGGAUGAAGUUACGGACGCCAAAGCCACCGAGGACAACGUCGAUCGGGUUUACCAAACGAACGAGGAAGAGGUCAGAACCGAAGACGACAAGGUGGAUCCCGCGCGGUGCAAGAAAGAGGUCAACGAGGAAACGAUGAUGGCCAGAGGGCCGGAGAAGAGGGUGAAAGGUUGUUCGAGGAACGAGCCGAGCAAGAAGGAGGACGAGAUGCUGCGCGGGCAGAAAGGGGCGUCGAAGAAGUCUAGGAAAAAGAAGGGCAACGCGACGAAGCGGUCGUUGAACGAGGCGGGCAAGUCAGCGUCCGAGGUCGCGAAUGGUAUCGCGGCGAGAGACGGUGGUAGCCGGAGAACGGUGAGCGAGGACGAGGAUCGUCUCGAUGACUAUGAGACGAGCCGAGCCAUCACCGAAAUCCCGGAAGUGACCGUAGUCGGUGGUGGCUCCUUCAUCUCGAAAGACCUCUGCUCGACGGGAAUCCUGACCUCCAGAGUCCUGACAGCACCUUCACGCGCUACCUACACCACCGCCUACAUUUAGGCUACGUACGCGCGGGGCCCCGAACAAAACGCAAACCACUCGUCGCCGUAUCGCAAGGGGGGCUUCAAGGGCUUGCUAGAGGCUACUACUAUGUACAUGUCGAAUAGCACACUGGAGAAGCUGCUGGACAUUCCGCGUAAUAAGGUGAUCGGUGACACGGACGAGGGAGUCGCUGGUGGCCCUAGUCUGACGAAGGCAAAGCGUGCACGGAGUGCCUCCUCCUCCUCGG